AUGAAAUGCCCUCGUUGCCACCCCUAUGUUUCGUUUGCCAAAAUCAACGAAAAGGAAUAUUUAAAGUCCUCUGCGAUUGUAUAUAACAGUGUUGAGUCGCUGAAUUUACAUAUGAGGGAAGCUCAUCAUGCAGCACUCUGUCCUGUGUGCGUUGAGUCGAAUACGAUGUUCAUUUUUGAAUACCCUAUUUUGUCCGAUGCGGUCAUGUACCGAGCCCAUUUGAAUGGCUCUAUGUCGACUCUUCAACUUCCAAAGCACGUAUUGUGUCACGCGUGUGGCAAGAUUCAGUACGACAACAAGGCGUUGAUGGAUCACUGUCGAAAGCAGCACGUUCAUUGCUUUAUCUGUGGGCUGAACAACAUCAACUCGUUCUUCGCUUCCGAAGCGGAGCUGCGUGCUCACAACGCAGCGAAGCAUUAUCCCUGCGAUAUCUGCCAUCGCUUUGUGGGUGUUACCAUGAUGGAGCUGAUCAAUCACCGGUGGGCGGAACACCAAAUGAACAACGCCCAGGUAAAGCUAGCCGAAGUUCCUGCGAUUUCCCCUCCACAAACCGAGCAGGUCGAGACUGCAGAGCCAUCGUGUGCCGAAUCGUUUGAUGAGAAGGAAGAUGUGGACUGUCAGGGACGUCCCGUUUCGCUAAGUUCAAAAAAGAAACGAAAACAGAAGCAGAAAAGCAAGCCACAAUAUACACCGUGUUCUCCGGUGAAUUCUUGGCGUGUCCCCUCCAUCCAGCCUUCGUUCAUGCAAACCAUUACUCCCUAUCAUUGUGAUUGCAGCCGUUGUUAUGAAUUGCAGCAGAAGCCGAAAAUAACGACUCUGAGUAUGUCAGGAGGUCAAAGCUUCGCCUUGGUGCGGAAUAACUUGACUUCUUUCUUUGAGAAGAUUUUUGAUUUGCAGGAGCCUUCGGAUCGCGAGAGAAAGGACCAGAUAGGGCUUUGCAAAGUGGUUUUAGAGCUGUGUACUAAAGCAUGUGCGACCUUCUCUAAUAUAAUGGAUUAUCUCGCUCAGAAGGCUUCUGUGGCUCAGCUGAAUUAUUCGCCCCAAAUCCAGGAGGUGAUGAAGAAGCUGCUGUCCUCGCUCACGCCCAAGAAUUUCUCUGUAAAGGGCUUGGUGGCCUAUGGAUUGUCGCAGGGACAUGCACAGAAGGUUGAUACCUAUAUCCGGAAGUUUUAUGUAAGGUGGAAGGAUGUUUUGUCAGUGCAAUAG